GUCCCCAAGAGAUCACCGUAGCGAGAUCGCUUUCCUCCUUGCCGAACCCAGCCCGUCGUCGAUCUCCUUCAUUCCCUUCAUUCCCUCCUCCAAACCAUACUGUAAAGAUGCAGGUCGAUCCACCCGCCGGUGCACAGUCCACGGACGCCCCCAUGACCAGCAAGGAUUAUUAUUUUGACUCUUAUGCUCACUUUGGGAUCCAUGAGGAGAUGUUGAAGGAUGAAGUUCGUACGCUCAGCUACCGUAAUGCCAUUUACCAAAACCAGCAUCUUUUCAAGGACAAGGUUGUUCUUGAUGUGGGUUGUGGAACUGGCAUUCUCUGCAUGUUUGCAGCAAAGGCGGGAGCAAAGCUGGUCAUUGGUGUCGAUAUGAGCAACAUUAUCCAUCAAGCCCGGAUCAUCGUCAAAGAUAACGGGUUUGAGGGAAAAAUUCAGCUCAUCCAGGGAAAGAUGGAGGAGGUGCAGUUGCCGGUGGAUAAGGUGGACAUUAUUGUCUCAGAGUGGAUGGGAUACGCCCUUUUGUACGAGUCCAUGCUCAACACCGUGUUGUACGCUCGGGACCGGUACCUUGCACCAGGGGGUCUCAUCUUCCCUGACAAGGCGACAAUGUACCUUAGUGCUAUAGAGGACGCGGAUUACAAGGAGGAAAAGAUUGGAUUCUGGGAUAGUGUAUACGGUUUCAAUAUGUCUCACAUUAAGCAAUUGGCCCUGCGAGAGCCGUUGGUGGAUACGGUGGAUGCAAAAGCAGUGGCGACCACGGCAUGCGCGUUCAGAAGUAUUGAUCUGUACACUGUCAAGAUUGAGGAUCUUGCGUUUGCGGUGCCGUUCGAGAUUACGGGAACACGGGACGACUACAUUCAUGCAUUCCUUUGUUACUUUGACAUUGACUUUACGGCAUGUCACAAACCCGUGCGAUUUUCGACUGGCCCCCAUGCACACUACACACACUGGAAACAGACUGUCUUUUACCUCCGCGACUACAUUACCAUUAAACAAGGCGAAACCAUUACUGGCAGAUUCUCGCUGGCUCCCAACGACAAGAACCCACGCGACUUGGACAUUGUCAUUGAUUUUGCGUUCCAAGGACAGUUGUCGUCUAUCCAAGACCGACACGAGUAUAAAAUGUGCUGAAAUGUUUUAAUGUACAGAAUGGGGGUAUUGUUUUUUCUCUAUUUUACCUGCAUAUAAAGUAUUUAUCAUUGUUGGAUUACGGAUACAUACUUUUUUUUUUGUGUAUUGGAGACUCGGGUGGUUUUGAGUAUCUGUUAUGUAGUGCAUUGGCAAAAACAAGGGCACCCAUUUGACCACCAUACAGUAUAUUACAAUGUGAAAGGGGAAUAAUUUACAAAUAUACACACAAGACAAAACCCGAUUACAGCCCACCCAACAGCUCGACAGCUUUCUCAAACUCUUUCUCGACCCUUUCGAAUUCCUUCUGCUUUGCUUCCCCCCGUUUCUUUGCCUCCACCAUCGCCUGUCGUCGCUUCUCUUUCACACUUGUUUGGGUCGAUAAUGCUGCUAGGA